ACACGGAGAGAGAGGGAGGCAGAGGCUGCUGCGAAAGAAGCUCAGCGUUUGCGCGCUGCUGCGAACUCUUUCUGCAGCCUUGGGGGACGAGCGCUCUCUCUCUCUCUUUCACACACACACACACACGCACACACACUCCCGGGUUGGCGCUCUACUGCACAGGGCUGUUGCAAAGUUUCGCCUGCCGAUAUACGCCAGGAUUUUCCUGCUCCGCCGCUGCAACCUUGAACUUUGGCAACGUGGUUGAUAGUAUCGUGGUGUAUCCCGCUAGCUGCUGUUCCAAAGCGCUUGGAAAUCCAGGAGAAAGGGGGGAAGAAAAAAACCGCGAGGAAGGAGGAAAAAAGAAAACCCGGACCCCCCCCCCCCCUUAACCCCCUGCAUUCCAUUCAGCCCCCACCCCCCCGCCCCCAUUCCGCCGCCUCCUGUCCCAAUUCACCAGCAGCCACUGCACAAACAGCAGCGAGAGUGAACCGCCGCCGCCGCCGCUGAGAACAAGAGGGUUAAAAGUGUAGAUUGGAUUUCACCCCGGGAAAUCUAGCGCUCGGAGUGAACUUGAAUCUUUGGCUAUUUAAGGAGGACCGGGGCUGGUUGCGAAGUUGUGGCGAUUCAAAACAGACCUUGAUCCGGAUCCAUCUUUUCCUUUUGGAAGCGUUAGAUGAUUGUAAAAUGAAUAGAUGAAACCGUUGCGCUUUUGAUACUUUUUUCCCCUUUCGGCAGAAGUACUAUCUUAGAGCGAAGUCAUGAUGUAUUCUCCCAUCUGUCUCACUCAGGAUGAAUUUCACCCAUUCAUUGAGGCACUUCUUCCACAUGUCCGUGCAAUUGCCUAUACGUGGUUCAACCUUCAGGCUCGAAAACGCAAGUACUUUAAAAAACAUGAAAAGCGAAUGUCAAAAGAUGAAGAAAGAGCAGUCAAGGAUGAGUUACUUAGUGAAAAGCCAGAAAUCAAACAGAAGUGGGCAUCCAGGCUUCUCGCCAAAUUGCGCAAAGAUAUCCGCCAAGAAUAUCGGGAGGAUUUUGUGCUUACUGUUACUGGGAAGAAGCACCCAUGCUGUGUUUUAUCCAAUCCUGACCAGAAGGGCAAGAUUAGGAGAAUCGACUGCCUUAGGCAAGCAGACAAAGUCUGGCGCCUGGAUCUAGUCAUGGUGAUCCUUUUUAAAGGUAUCCCCCUGGAAAGUACCGAUGGAGAACGGCUCAUGAAAUCCCCCCAUUGCACAAAUCCAGCACUUUGCGUUCAGCCACAUCACAUAACAGUAUCUGUCAAGGAGCUUGAUUUGUUUCUGGCAUACUAUGUGCAGGAUCAAGAUUCUGGACAAUCAGGAAGUCCAAGCCACAACGAUCCUGCCAAGAAUCCACCAGUGUAUCUUGAGGAUAGUUUUGUAAAAUCUGGAGUCUUUAAUGUAUCUGAACUUGUGCGGGUGUCUAGAACACCUAUAACCCAGGGAGCUGGAGUAAACUUCCCCAUUGGAGAACUUCCAGGUCAACCAUACUAUCAUGACAUGAACUCAAGUGUUAACUUACAACGAUCGCUAUCUUCUCCACCAACAAGUAAGAGACCCAAAACUAUAUCCAUAGAUGAGAAUAUGGAACCAAGUCCAACAGGAGAUUUUUAUCCUUCCCCAAAUUCACCAGCUGCUGGUAGUAGGACAUGGCAUGAAAGAGAUCAAGAUAUGUCUUCUCCUACAAUGAAGAAACCUGAAAAGCCUUUGUUUAGCACUACAUCUCCCCAGGAUUCUUCGCCAAGACUGACUUUCCAGCAUCAUCACCCAGGAAUCCCAGGAGUUGCACACAGUGUCAUCUCAACUAGAACUCCACCUCCACCUUCACCAUUGCCAUUUCCACCACAAGCUAUUCUUCCUCCUGCCCCAUCUAGCUAUUUCUCUCACCCAACUAUCCGAUACCCUCCUCACCUGAAUCCUCAGGAUACUUUGAAGAAUUAUUCUUAUGACCCGUCCAGUCCACAAACCAGCCAGCCUAACAGCAGUGGUCAAGUAGUAGGGAAAAUGCCUGGCCAUUUUACUCCAGUUUUGGCACCCUCUCCCCAUCACAGUACGAUGAGACCUGUGACCCUGACUAUGACAGACACUAAGCCCAUCACUACAUCCACUGAAGGUGAGGCAUCUUCACCUACAGCAACCACCUAUACAGCUUCAGGUACCUCCCAAGCCAAUCGAUAUGUGGGAUUAAGUCCAAGAGACCCUUCCUUUCUACACCAGCAACAGCUGAGGAUAUGUGACUGGACCAUGAAUCAAAACGGCAGGCAUUUAUACCCCAGUGCCAAUGAGGAUACAUUGGGAAUUACUUGGCAAAGUCCUGGUACCUGGGCUAGCUUGGUCCCCUUUCAAGUAUCAAACAGGACAUCAAUUCUGCCCACAAAUGUCCAAAAUUAUGGUUUGAACAUAAUUGGAGAGCCUUUUCUUCAAGCAGAAACAAGCAACUGAGGGAGAUUGAAACUGAACAAAUACUAUAAAAGAAAGGAAGAUGGGACAAAAAGCAAAGAAGAAACUGAAGAAAGAAGAAACAUAAACCAGCAAUUGCAGCACUUACAAUCAUUAAUUCCCUUAAGAUUGAAACUGUAAUGGCAAAGCAAGAGCAACCACAAAAAGCGGGAUUGGGGGAGAGGAUCGAUGAUAUUUCACUGAUGCGUAGAAAGAUGCUCCUCCUGAGUAGCCUUUGUUCUAUGAAAUCCACUGGGAAAUAGAUGUUCUGUCUCUGACAAUAUAUUUUAACUGACUUUCUAGAUGCCUUAAUAUUUGCAUGAUAAGCUAGUUUAUUGGUUUAGUAUUCUUGUUGUUUACGCAAUACGCAUGGGAUCACUAUUCCUAGUUAGCUCUCAAAACAAAGGCUAGGAGGCAUCCACAGAACUGCAGGAGAAGGAAGGCCGGAAGCCAUUUUUUUCCUCAGCAAUCUGGUUUCUAAAAGGUUUUUCAAAGAAAAAGAAACAAAUUCAGCUUUUAGUUGUCCACCCCAAUUUAUUUAACUUAGGUCCUUAACCCAGUCUUUUCUUAGUGUGUUAUCCAGUUUAAAUUUUUCAAAAGUCAUUUAAAUAAGCAGGCAUUCUAUAAAAUCAAUGCCUUACUUUGGGUAAAAGAAAGUGUUAUCUUCUCAAAUGACAGUUUAAAAAACCUGAGAAAGACACUAAAAUAAUUCCCCAUGCUAAUGAAAACAUUAGAGGCAAGUGCAAUUUAAAACCUGUAUCUAAAGGGGAUAAUUGUUAUAAGUCCUUUAGCCCUUGGACUCUAAAUUGAGGGGAUUAAAAGACAAGAUAAGUUUCAAAAGUAUUUCGAACAAAUGUAUUUUCCCCCCACUUUUGAAAGGGAGGGGUCAUUAAAAGGCAUUAACUAAAUCAAGACAAAUCAUUUACUUGAGAAAAGGAAAUUAAUUGAAACACAGCACUUAACGUUGAUUUAGCUUCUGCCUCCUUUGAGGUAUCUUAUUUAUUUAAAGUUACUGGUUGGAUCAAGAACCCAUAAAUAAUGGAAAAGGUUCUCUAGAACCUUCAUGACAGAGACUGAGAGGUAAAUCCAUGUCACAGGGGCAUAGCUUCUGGUUUACAAAUGGGAAUGAUGGGUUAUGGGAAGGGGAUGAAAUAUAUUUUUUAAAAAUGCACUCUUUAAAAAGACUAAUGACAGGGUGCUGAAAACUUGCAUGGUGCUCUCAGAAAUUAGCCUUGUUUGACAGAUUUCUCAUAUACACAAUAUUGUGCAUGGACGGAUACGUUUUGCCUCUACGUCUCUAUAAAAGAAUAAUUAAAACUACUCUAUCCAGUAAUCCUAAUUUGCACGAAGUUAUAAUGUCCACAUAACGUGCCUUGCCUUGAAAUCUAAAAAGUGACAUCACUACACUUGUUUUGCUGCAUUUAUUAUCAUUUUAAAUCUGUACCAUUUUUAUGACAAAAUAUUUUGUACUCCAGAUGGGAAAACAACAACAAAAGUGACAUCAUGGAUUUUUUAAGCAGUUAUAACUUUAUCUCACAUUUAUAAAGCAUAUCAUGGCUGUGUAUAGUUGCCGCUUAAAAAUUGUAAUCGACCAGCAAUAUUUUCAGUAUUUUGGUGUUUUUUCUAUUAAUCUUUCAUGUUUUUUCAUCUUCCAAUUAAUAUUGGGGGGAGGGGAUUCAAAUUUAUACAACUUAUGCAAUACCAAGUUUUGCCUAUGUAGGUAGUGCUUUUAGCUGUAUUGGUUAUUAUAGGUAAGUACACAGAUUUAAAAGACAAAAGAUUAAUGUAUGCUUUUUUGUUCGUUCGUUUGUUUGUUUGUUUGUUUUAAUUGACCAAAGUGGGUACUGCUAUUUUUGCAGUGUGAUGAGGUCCUUUUUGUGUACUAAGAGAUGGACAGGGGAUUUUUUUUUUUUAAAAACUACGUACAUAUAUCUAUAUAUUCUGGGAUGGGUGGGGGAGGAUUUUUAACACUUGACAGUGUAGCUGUGAAGGCUGGGUGAAGGCUACAAAGCAACUCUUCUUCCUACUGUGAUUUAAAAACAAAAAAAAAUGGUGUUUUCUUUUAAACUUUCCACCUGGGGUGCAAGCUGAAAUCAUUUCUGGUUUGAAAACAGGCAUAGUGAUAAUGAAAAAUAAAUAAUAAUGGAUUUUAUCGGAGGCAGACCUGAUUUGAGAAAAAAAAAAUCUUUUUUUUUUUUUAAAAAAGAAAGUCUCAAGACCCACAGAGAUCAAAAACCCUGUAAAAUUUUGCAAGUUAUACAUCCGUCAUAUAAAAGCCUAGUUUGAGAUUUUAAAAAUCACAUAGCAUAUACUGCCAAAACAGUGCACGCUAUGAGACAAAAGAUCUUCUAAAGAUGCUAACUGUAUACUAAGUAUUAAAUUGGAUUCAGUAUUUGUUUUCUGUGAGUGGAAGCAUUUCCAGUGGGAAUUCCAUGAUAUCUUCUCCUUUGUCCUUUUACACGAGAUUCUGAUUUCCUUUUCAGAAUUCCCCAGCAUCACUGAUUUCUGUUGUCAGAGGUCAUGUAGGAAUGAAGGACUGGCUCAGUCAGUGACUAAUCAGUCAGUGGAUUGUUUUGCUGGAUCAGAUCCGUGCCGUAACCUUUCUCCCAUAUAGAUCUAGGCUACUAUAUUUCAGUACAAAUCGCCAAGCACAAAAAUGCACACAUACAAUGUGUUUGUGCACAACCUGAUUAGAUACUAAAAUUGGUGAUACAGAAAACUAUCAACUCUGAUGGCUUAAUUAUGGUUUCUGAUGGUUUUCUUCUAUGGAAUCAGAGCCCCUUGCACAAAACUACCACUGUGAAAUUAUUAAUCUCCACACUAUUUCUAGUAGUGACAAGAACGCCAGAGUAGUCAGUCUUAUUUUUAUGCUCUCACAAAGACUAGCUCUUUUCGACCUAACUAGUUGUAAAACUUAGAUUGGGUAAAAAUGAAAAUGAUUUAGCCUUACAUUCAUUUUUUUAAAAUAACGCUUUAUGCAGACAUGGUGUUGAGAGAAUGCCCAUCAGUUGUAUUUUGCACCAGCAGUGAAAGAAAAUCAACCAACCAACAUAAUCCCAUAUUGUCUCCAGGAUGGAAAUGAAUGUAACUACAUAUCUAAUGUUAGUAUUCAUAACUGGCAUAGAUGUAGGUAUUUUGUCCUUGGAGUCUACUGAAAUACAAACUAAAACCCAAGGAAAUAUUCAGUUUGUGUGUUUACUAACACAACAUUUUUAUUUUCCUUUAGUUUCAGCAAACAUAAAUUGAUAGACAGUCCGUUCACUUUUAUAACUUUGUAAAGAAACAUUUUAAACAGUUUCUAAUCUGCCCUUUUCGAGCACCUAUACAAAAUGGGUGAAAAUUAAAAGAGUACAAUUUCCCUUCCAAUAAGUGUAUAAAGUAAAAUAAAAUUAUUUUGAAGAAGAGUAACCCAAAAUAUUGCCAUUAGAGCCAGAGGAACUACUACUAGGUACACUGUCCAAAUUCAUGGGAACUUUCACUUUUUUCAGAGCAGUAUUUCAAAAUGUUUCUCUCAAUUAGAAAUAAGCAAUAUUUAGGGUUGCCAUAAAAUAAAUAAUAAAAAUAAUCCUGACCUCCUCUUUUGACCAUGGCCUUUGGUGCUAGGUGUAAUAUGUCAAUCAAUUUCCACCUGCAAUGCCACUGAAUUAGUUGUAUUGUAGUUGCAGCCUCCUUUAAAAUAGUGCUGACAAUUAUUGAUGCUGAAAGAGAAUCAGAUUCUCUUUCAGAUUUGAUCUGCACCAAUAAAUGCCUUUUUGAGAAAGUUGAUUUUGUAAAGUCUAAGGGCAGUUGUAAAACUGUAGGAUUGUUGGUAAGGUUUGUAUUUAUAGCUAAAGUAAGAAUAAAACCAACUAUAUGUUGGCUCUUUUUCUGAGCCCCUUUGUAAGUGAAUUAAUUCACUAAAUAUAUGGCCGUUAGGAAAAACAGAAAUGUAUAUACAAACACAGAGUUGGUGGGCAUGUUCUUUUAGUUUGUCCCUUAAUGAGGGACAGUUUCAUUAAAAAUGGCAGGAGUGCAGCAGCCACAAUCCAGAACAAAUUUAUUUCAUUGGAAAUACUGAAACCAAGCUGAAUUUGGAUUUUAAAGUGCAAUAGUAUAAUGCAGGGGUGUCAAACUCGCAACGACACAUCGUCAACGUGACAUAACACAACUUUCCCACCCCCUUUGCUAAACCGGGGAUGGGAGUGGCCAGCGUAUGACACAUUCGGCCCACGAGCCACGAGUUUGACACCCCUGGAUGACAGAGAACAUUUGCAAUUCAAUGUCGACAUAAUCCUGACCUUAUGAAUACAUCAAUCAAAUGGAUGUAUUUUUUUUUAAUAAAAGGAAAAUAUUUAAAAGGCUACCUUGCUAUUUUGGAUCCCUUUUCUUGACAUUGAAUUACUUGGUCCUUUGGGCCAUAAUUCUGACAAAAUUUCAGGAUAAUGCUCUCUGUGGGUUUUUUCUGCCUCUUUCUAAUCGAAAGAUCUGUCAUAUCUACAUCUUCUACACUUCUCUCAGAGCUGAGAAUUCCAGUGCAGAACGAAGUGUUACACACCCUCUAAAUCUAAUCUAAUCCCCCUCCUUGAUCAGGAAGUAUAUUCUGACAAAAUCAAGUCACCCCGUUCUAUGUGCACUGUUUUGCCUUUUUCAAUUGCUUUGCAGCCUUUGCCUCUUGGCAGUGUCACACUGAAGUGUUUUUCCCCCUAGAAUGACGUGAACAGUUGAGGCUCGACUAAGGAAAAAAAGGCAGUGAAGGAGACUGUACAUAGACAUGGCAAAAUAUUAAAUAUAGCAAUAUAGUUGUGUGUUCAGGUGGGCAGCUCCAUUUAUAAUAUGUGAAUGAACCUGUGAAGCUGCAAUGAAGAGAAGAACAGAGGAUCUUCUUAAUGGACCCACCUAGCGUGUAGACAGUAAUUUGUACACUGUAUAGUUUUGUUAAGAUUUUUUUUAAAGCACCCUCGUUUGUAAAGCUAAUUUUAGCAAUUAUAAUGGAAAUGUAUGUCAUUUCCACUUCUAACGUAAACAAGAAUCUUCCUUGUUUGGAAACUGGACUUGGGUUAAAACUCUCCAGUUUCUUAAUUUAUGUAUUAAAACAAACAAAAAAAAUCUGUCCGUGUUAUGAGAUAUUUCACUAUGCUUGAAAAGCAUAGGUGUACUGAUCCUUUUAAAAGAAAUUGUAAAUGGAGAAAAGUUAUAUUUUAUGAAGGUUAUUUUGUUGUAUUUAGUAUUGGAAAGUUGGGUUUUGGGAGCAUUUCAGAAUGUUGGAAGCACCACUGUCUUUUUUUAUUAGUAUAUAUGGCCUUUAGCAAAAAAUGUUGUGAUUGUUACAUGAUGGUAUUUAAGAGCAGGUUCACAGAGCAUCCAGGAGAGAAUUUCAGUGAAAGAAAAAUGAAAACAGUACUUAUGUCUCAUAUAGCAGUGUCCUCAGGGAGCAAAAAUUUGGAUUUGCAAUUAGGAGCUUCGUAAGGACUUACUGAAUGAGAUUGCACAAGGAUAUACCAAGCUUUGUCAACAGUGCGUGUCCUGUAUCUAAGUCAUUCUAAAUUUUGUAUACUAUGUGAGAUUGAAGUCUGAAUCCCACAUUUGAUGUACAGUAUUCACCCUUGAGAAAAGGAAGAAAAAAAAAAUGUCUACACCCGUGCUGGCAUUAAUGCCUCCAGCAUGACAUUGAUUCUAGUUUACAUGUUCCUGCCAAGGUCUUUUGUUAACAUUUGCCAGCUGCAUGCUUCCUAGGCUUUUAUUUUUUUUAUUGGGUUUCUAUAAGAGAUGCUAAACGAAAAACAAUGCAGGCGAAUCAUGUUGAACAGAAAAAGCUCAAAAUUGAAUGUCCUACUCCAUGCGGAAGGAGCUGAAACCUGCCUCCUUCAUAUUUGCACUUUCUGAGAGUUCCCCUGUUUUUUUCUAUCUCCUCAAAAUGUUGUGGGUGUGUUGGAGCCCCACAGUCAGAGGAUAACACGGACCACUGGGUUUGCCCUUUGACCCAGCACAAUGACCCUUGCAUCAGCCAAACCUAUUGCCAUGACAACUCUUGUACUGUUUCCAUGCCACAGCUCUAUUGGUCACAUUUGUUAAUAGCAAAGGGGACAAAGCAGGAGACGGUCAAUUUAUACAUUUUUGUUGCAAUUUUUUUCCCUCAAUGGUUGUAAGUAGUUUUUUUAUAUAUAUAUAAUAAAAGGGUUCACUAGUUAUUACUCCUUAGGAUUAUCUGUGUGUUGCAAUUAAAAUGUAUGUUGACUUUGUGAAAGGGGCUUCAGUGGCACUCGCCACCCCCCGUGCUCAUUCAGGCCUCCGUUGCGUUUAGUGCUCAAAAUCUUUCCGGGAAGACCCGAAACAAACGCGGCAAGCAAAAAGCAACGGACAACAGCGAGAGCCAGUGCCACUGAAUCCAGUCUUUGUAUUACUGUAUUUUUGACAGAAUGGUUUUGAAAACUGUGCUACAGGGACUGAUGUGGCAAAAUAUGUAUCUAUAUGCAGAAGGACUUUUUUAAAAAUAAAAAAAGAAGUAUGGCUUAUUAUGCAUUCUUCAUAGAGGGCAUUGAAGUUGCAUGGACUCGUGAGAAGUUGAUGCAAAAUGAGAGAGAGAAAGAGACAAAAAAAAAAACCAGCAAAAAAUGUUUACCAAAAAGAAAAAAAAGUGAGAGAAAUUUAAAAAAAAAUGACCAG